GAAAGCAUUUCACUGACAGGGAGGAACUGCAGUUCUCAGUCCGAGCAAGAAAAUGGAAGAGACACCACGGAGUUAUCAAUCAAUUCUAGACACGGUCCAAGAACAAGGACCAGUGUUGAGGAACUUUCAUGUCUACUGCACUGGAAGAACAAAUGCGGUUCAUCAUUACAUUGUUCAGAAGGUUAAAGAUCUUGGACAGACUGAGGUGAUGUCUUCUGAAGAUUGUGACUACCUUCUGGUUUUCUGUCCCAUCACUUCACGAGUUGGAACAGACAUCAGUGAGGCCAUGGACCAAGUCAAUCAACGUGAUGGUUAUGGAAGUAAACCAAUAAUCCUGGUGGUGAUGCAUCACACCUUCGAUCCUGAACAUGUUGUAGCUGAAAGCGGCCGACACGUGGAGAACACAAAUGUCCUCCUCACUGUGGACACACUGUUUUAUGGGGACAAACUCCUCAACUGUAAGCGCAACGAGAUUGCAUUGGAUGAAAUCAAGAAGUCUCUUGCUCCUUCAGAGCCUAACUGGAGUCAACCUCUCACCAAUGGAGUGAAAAAAUAUCGAAAGUAUGUCAUUGCAGCACUCUGCACUCUGUGUCUUGUAAUUGUCAUCAUCGUGUUGGCUUUAACAAGUCACAGAAAGUCUCAGGAUGAUUCUGGUAUGCAUGACGAAACCGGAUGGAAGCCGGAUAAAUCCUCAUCCCAGUGCAUUCAUUGUAACAUGCAUAUGACUUCUAUGUAUGUUUUUUCUUUAUACAUUGUAUUUACUUGACACAAAAGUCAUAGCUUGUUCCCUGCUAAAGGGUUAUUUUUUCUUUUUUUUCCUUGUGGUUGUAUGUCUAACUGCAUUUCGUUGUGUAUGUACCUGUACUAUAAGCAAUGUCAGCAAAAUUGAAUCUAAUCUAAUAGAUGAUUUGAAGGCACAAAAUAAACCUGGUGUAUCUUGCAUAUAUAAUCAACAACACAUUUUUGGUAUUAGUGGUGAUGUUUGCUUAUGCUUUUGCUAUUGUAUCUGCAGACAA